GGCCGGCGGUGCGGUGACGUGUGUUCUGUGUGUUUGUACGGCUGAAGAGACCCCUGUGCUUCCAUAGUGUGUACAGAAUCCUCCGGUGAGAGAACUCAGGGGUCUCAGACUCCUCGCUGUAGACAGAAGGACCAUGGAGGCUCAGGACCCCGGCAGCUAUUACGCCUUCCAGCAAGGUCAGGCGUUUUAUGGUUACCCAUACCAUCAAAUGAUGAAUGCUUCACCAAAUAUGGAACUGGGCAACGAGCAAAGGACUCUGCACACCCUCACAGACGUCCCACCCCACGAGCUGCAAGCAUUUUCUGGCAUGCUUGGUAACGAGAAUCAAAUGUUUCAUAGUAUGAAUGGUGUAUACGGCACUGAGCCCAUGAAAAUGCAAGCAACAGAAGCCCCAGAGCCUCCACAGGAAACACAAGAAGGUGCAACAAAGGGUAAGAGGAAAAGGAAAGCUCCAGCUGAACCUAAACCAAAACCAGAACCUAAACCAAAGAAGCAACCUGCGAAGAGUGCCAAGACCCCGAAAUCAGGAAAACAAGAGAAAAUCACGGACACUUUCAAAGUGAAAAGGAAAGUGGACCGAUUCAACGGGGUACCUGAAGCUGACAUUUUGGCAAAAACUUUGCCAGAUAUUCUUACAUUUAACUUGGACAUAGUUAUUAUUGGAAUAAACCCAGGUCUCAUGGCAGCUUACAAGGGUCAUCAUUACCCAGGUCCUGGAAACCAUUUCUGGAAAUGUCUGUUCCUAUCGGGGCUCAGUGACAAGCAGUUGAACCACCUUGAUGACCUUGCGCUUCCAGAGGAAUAUGGCAUUGGCUUCACUAACAUGGUGGAGAGAACCACUCCAGGGAGCAAGGACCUCUCUAGCAAAGAAUUUCGGGAAGGUGGAAGAAUCCUUUUACAGAAGCUUCAGAAGUAUAAACCACGUAUAGCUGUCUUCAACGGAAAAUGUAUAUAUGAAAUUUUCAGUAAAGAAGUAUUUGGUGUCAAGAUUAAAAAGUUUGAUUUUGGAGUCCAGCCACACAGAGUUCCUGAUACAGAUACAAUUUGCUAUGUUAUGCCUUCUUCAAGUGCCAGGUGUGCACAGUUUCCCCGUGCUCAGGACAAGGUACAUCACUACAUCAAAUUAAAGGAUUUAAGAGACCAUCUAAAGGGCAUAGAGAGCGCCAGAGAGGUUCAAGAAGUGCAAUAUUCAUUUGACUUGCAAUUGGCUCAGGCGGAUGCAAAGAAGCAGGCUGUAAAGGAAGAGAAGCAUGAUCCUGGCUAUGAUGAAGCUGCUGGCGGCAAUUCCAAUGAGCAGAUACCUAAUGGAGACAGCGGAUCAUGCAACUUGCCUAACUUGGAAGCACCCUGUAACUCGGAGUCUGUUCAGAACGGGCAGCCGCCGUCUCAGCCCCAUACUGAGCACGUGUCUGCGCCUAACCACUGUGAGGACCAACCACAAGAAAGCAGCAGUGCUUAAGAUUUGCUGCGUGUUCCAAGCUAUGCAAGUGUCGCUGCAGUUUUAUUGCAGUCACAAAGAACUGAACCUCAGUUGCAGUUGACUAACUGAAGCCUUUUUUGUUUAAAAUGUUACCUCCCUUAUUUUUAUUAAAAUGUAAGCUGUAGUAGUAACAAUUAUUUUAAGGUAGGAAUUUUAAAAAAAAAUUAACUUUUUGGGAAAAAGCAUAUAAACUAGAGUAGUCACAGUUGCGCUUUGUAUUUAAUGUUGGCUGUGUGAUGCAGUUGUUCAUGAACUGCAUGCUCUACUUAUUUUAGGAAAUUAUCAAUUGUUUUUAUAUGGAUAUAACAGUGGUGCUGUAAAUUUUGGACAUCAAACAUUUUGUUUUACUUUUAACGAAAUAGCAAAAAAUGUGAUUUCUUCUCAAGCUGGAUUGUGCUUGAGCAUUCUUUUACCAUGUUUAUGCAUACUGUAUUUAUGCAUACAGUAUAUCUGUCAGGCGAAGUUCUCUGCAGGGAAGGUUUUUUUAUGCUAUAUAAUACUUUAGUCCAUUCUGACUGGCUACAGGCCAAUUUAGUUCCUUGCAAUAAAUUAGUGAACUUAACCCGAUGGCAGCAGUUAAAGACGAGUAAAUAUUCUGUUCUUUAUUUAAUGUCUUACAAAGUGUUUUUGUACUUGAAUUGCAUAAUUUAAGAACGCUCUCAUUUUUAGUCCCAUGUCAAGGCUGUUAUUUAUUUUUUAUUGUAUGUGGUCGAAUGCAGUGUAAGUGAUAUCAUUGUGCAUCCAAAAGGAUGCAACAAACAGGAGCUCAUAUUUUUACCACCUUAGCCAUGUAUAGCAAAGUACUUUUGUAGCAAGGUAAGGUCAAAGCUUGCACCAUGGACAUCAGUGUGCAGAGGUUUAUAAAAGCCAAUCAGAACUUGGCUAGUUCAUUGCUGAAAGUUGAUAUGUAAAGUACACGUUGUAUGUGCUUCUACUUCAGUUGUUCCCUAUUGCAUGGCUAAUUUGAUCAUAAAGUGAUGUCCUCAUGUGCCCUGCCCCUUAGAAAUGCCUUGGCAUUAAAGCGGUAUUAAACCCAAUACCCAAAAUGUAAUAUAUUGCAUCUUACCAAUCAUUAAAUGGGGUGGCUGCAUUCGUGUUUUUUUUUUUUUUGGGGUCUUCCAUCUGUUUUUCGCUUGGUGAUCCGGCUAGUAGGAAUGGGCUCUGGCUUUUUCAGGAUCCCACCUGCCUGAUCCAGCCAGGAAGCUGACACUGCACAUUUCUUGAUCCGCAGCUGCAAAUCGGGAAAUGUCUCACUGCCUUCCUGGCGGGAUCGGGCAGGUGGGUUGGGACUAGGAUCCCAAACAUGCCCAAGCCCAUCUCUGACAGCUAGUAACAGACCUCCUGUAUCAGAGUGCCUAAACUUUGAAUGAAUGAGCAACAGACACCUUUUGGACAGCAGCACUGUCCUCCCUGGCGGGGUUAAACUGCCCUAGCAGCUUUAAAUUUCCAAUUGAAGCCAGUUACAUGAACAGUUGUUUAUUUUUUUGGGGCUAAAGGUUUUACAUAAAUAAAAGCUGAUGACCGUAAGUAUUCCUGUUGGUGAUAAGGGGAUAUUAAAGGCUCACAAAAAAAUAAUAAUAUAUAUGUUAUACUUCCGUGAUAUGUGCAGUGGUUUUGUACAGACCAGCCCAGAUCCUCUUCUCGGUCCCCUGUCGGUGUUCCUGACCCCUCCCUCUUUCUGAGUGCCCCCUAUAGCAAUCUGCUAUAGACACACCGGGCACAGCAUGGCCCUGCUCCCUCCUUACUGCCUGUGAUUGACAGCAGUAAGUGGCUCCCGCUGCUGUGUCUCAGCCAGUGAGGAUAGAGGGACCUGGGAGAGCCGCUUCUCUUUUGCACAUCGCUGGAUCGAGAUGGGGCUUUGGUAAUUAUUACGAUGGCGGAGGCUGGGGGAGAUGCUGCACACAGAAGAGUUUUUUUUUUUUUUUUUUUUUUUUAACCUUCAGGCAUAGAAUGCAUGCAAGUAAAAAGCUUCUAGCCUUUACAACUACUUUUAAAUUGUUUGUCUUAACUCUCUGACUGCUACAUUUAGAGGACAGCUUGUUCUGUUGAAAAAACAGACUUGCUAGCUAGGUAACUAGGUGACAAAGUGGUUGCUAACCCUAUAA